GGUAAACAGUCGCCAUAUUGGAAAGAAAUUUUGCCAAAGCAGACGAGAUGUAAUUUUUUAUUGCAGAUUUGGCAAUAUCCAGCCAAAUGUCGUCGGCAUUGGCCAAGUUUAGAAAAUCUAAUAAGGAUGGUGACAUCAAGAAAGCCGCGCAAAAGGUGUCAGAUCCAAAGAAGGAUACGCUAACACGGCUGAAACAUUUGCGGACAGUUCUGGAAAAUUAUGAAACAGCUGAGGCAAAGAAGUUUUUUGAGGAAAAUUAUUCUCAUAUAUACUAUAUCUUCUUUGACAACUUUGUAAUAGUAGAGGCAGAUCUUAAACAAAGAGCAAACAAGUCUCAUAGGGAAGAGCUAGACAAUAUCUUAAAUAUAUUCGAGAAAAUACUGCUGUUGUUGCCAGAACUAGUUCAUAAAAGAUGGAUGUUUCACAGUAUUGGGCGGAUAAUGAAAAAGUUAUUACAUCCUGGAAAUGGACUGAAGCUAAGAAGAGAUGGAAUGAGGCUGUUUUUGAUCUGGUACCAAAUAUUACAAGAUAAUGCAUCUGAUGAGUGCCAUCAGAUCUUCCUACAACUGGUACCUGGCCUUGGAAAGGGAGAGCAACAAGACAUACUUUAUGGCAAAACAGCUAAUACCCCUGACAUAAGAGCUUCUAGUACAAGUUUGUCAAGUUCAUCUUAUGGUGGGAUUAUAGCAGCCGGGGAGAUAACUCCCAUACUACCUGUGCCUGGGGAGAAGCAACCUGACAAUAUCACAAAGUUCUUCUUUGAUGCAUUGCUACAGUUUAUGGUGUCUGAGGUGAUCAAAAUUGAAUGGAUGAACAAAGAUAUGAGAGAAAUCUGUUUUGUCUUUCUUUUCAACAAGUUUAAGCACUCAUAUUUGAAAUGGCUUCUACCAGAUUUUGACAAGACAAGAACCAUAUAUGAUCCCGUACUUGAUUUGCCAUGUGUAAGGGUUCCUGCUGACACACUUUCUACAGAUGAACCAGAAAAUGUGUCUGAAUGUAGAGACUCAUUUAUUCGCUGGUUGACAACUUUUACAAUAACUUCGAACAAAAAACCUGAAGGAGAAGUGUUAAAAGGUAUCUCCUGCUCAGCACUGGCAGAAGGUGAUGAAGAUGAUGUUAAAACUAAGAAAGAUGUUUCAGAGAGCAGAGAAGAGAACCAAGAUCAAGCCCCAGGCAGUAACACUAGCACAUUAUCGGCCAGCUCUCAAAUCUUUGAGAAAGACUCACCAAAUUCAAGCUUCUGUAAUGAAGAACAUAGUACUUCUGAAUACGAGAUUGUGAGGUCUGUGAUGUACUCGACUAGAGAAAACAUAAAUAUUGUUCAUGAGAUAUUCAGACAGGCACUUUUAUUCUCAUUCAAGCAUGGAGGAGCUAUUCGACGUGUGAUAGCAGUUUACAAAGACUGGUUUCAGAAUGAUAGCGAUAACAAGCCUGUGUUCAUGAUGGAACCCAGUGACUCGGGUCUUCCCCUCGGGCUGCUGCCUGAUUUAUCACAUAGCCUCUCUGAUAUCCUUGAGGAAGAUGGUUCAACUGAUUCUAUGGAAUCUGCACCAAAUUCAAUUCCUCUGCAAAUGUCUCGGGAUUCAGGGGACUUGAAGACUUGGUUACGAAAUGCUUCAUACCUAGGUGCUAUUCAGGACUUGGCUGAUGGUGGGGACUUGACCCAGUAUGACAUACGUGCUGGUCAACAGAAACUGAUCCAGAUAUGUGUAACAAAUGCUGCCAAUAUUUUCCUGCUUCAAGCUGACAGUGAUAGUGCAUUACAAGAGCAG